AAUUGUGUAGGUUUUUAUUUUAACAUAGAAAAUCGUGGUAUGGUAGUGAUAUAAGACUGUUUAAAUACUAAUAAAAUUCUCUACCUGCCGGUCAGGGAGGAACGUAAAAUAUGUUUGCUUUGAAACGCAUUCAAAGGAAAGAUUGUCAACUAAUAAACAUUGCUUCACAUGCAGCCAUGUUUCCCAAAGAUUCAUGAACAGACCAUUGGUCCCUAUCAUGUUUCCCAGAAGUAGACAAACGAGAAAAUGUUGUUUUCAAGCCAUGUAUCUCGAAGGUUGAUUGAUAACCAGGCAUGAAACAUUGUUUCCUAGCCGUGUUUCCUAAGGAAACGUAUUUUAUUUGAAAAGAUGCAAGGAACCUUGUAUAUUUCGUGGUCGUUUUCCAGUUUUCCCGGGUAUUUUGAUCUCAAAAGUUGCUGCAGGUGGUACAUGUUGUGAUAAAUGACAACCCGUACGACAGGACGUCAUGCAUGCGAAAUGAUAUCUUCAGUAAUUUAUGAAAUACCUUUGCGUUUUAUUAAUGUUUUUGUGAUUUUUCCUUCAAAAAUGUAUGUAUUAGCGUCCUCGUUUGUUUGAGAAUGCCAGUAUUUGUACGAAUAUGUCAUAGAGAAGUGUUGGUAUUACGGAUGACUAAGGAUUUUCUGUACGUCAGGAUACAGGAUCACGGUGAAAGAACAUUACCUUGAAUCAAGAUGAGUGAAUCAAAAGCAAUUACGAAAAUUUUUUAUCUAUUUUUGUUUGUCUCAUUCUCCAGCGGGUUUGCCAUAAUAUGUUUUACAGAUUUACGAACAUCUCCAGCAGGAAAAAUCAUGCAGUUCAAAGCCAGAGUUUAUCCAUACAGAUGGCAGUUGCGAACGGGUCUACUUUUAUUGCUGUUACUUCUGACUGUCAUGGCAUUUGUUGCUGCAGUUAAAGAAAUACACAGACUAAAUAUCGUGCUAGUUGCUUUCGUAUUUAUUGUACUGAUUGUGGAAAUAUCUCUGGCAGGAAAAUGGUUAACUUGGCGUAAUGAGCAAACUGAGAUUACGAAAGAACAAGGAGAUGGUAAUACAAUGUUACAACAGUAUGGUAUAAACCCGGAAACUACAAAGAUUAUGGAUUAUGUUCAAGCCUCGUACUCAUGCUGUGGUGUGACAGAUUAUCGUGAUUGGGCAAACACGAACUGGGCAGCGCAAGUUCAAAAAAUGAAUGCCGUCCCUACUUCGUGUUGCAAAAUGCCUGGACCAGGUUGUGGUGAUGACCUAGACAUUAAAGAUCCAUUUGAAAACAUUUUUGUGCAAGGUUGUACAACACUUUUAUACUUCAGUAAAACUAGUGUUCAUGAUCAUGGAGGAGUUGGAAUGGCCGUUCUCUUCCUUCAUCUUUGUUCUGUGGUUGCUUGUGUUGUAUUAGCGUGUGCGUUUACCUGUACCAGCGGUCUUAAUCCCCUCCAGGCUCUUGCCGGCGAGGAACCAGAAAAGAAACCUGUUGGUGGCGGAGGUAAAACAGGUAGCCCGAGCAGAAGCCCUAAAAAGCAAGCAAAGUCUGGAAAUAAGAAAAGAAGUGGGGACGAGUUAGAUUUCGAAGAAGAGAACAAAGCUCCAAAAGGAGCAAAAAAUUUAUUGAUCGAUAAAUCAGAACUUGAGAAUGACUUGGAAACAUUGGAUACAAGUGAACCAUAGAUGAUAUGUGGUGUCUUGCUUUGGGGAUAUCCGCUUCAAAUAUACGAUUGAGCGUACUGUUUUCCUUUGAGAAGUUUUUUUAAUUAGGGCGGGUAACUUUAGUCUUUAAACAUCGUGUUUUCUCGUGUGCUGGAUGCGUUGACAAUAUCCGAGACAUCUCAAAUGUACGAUUUGCCUUCGACAGACGAGAAGUACGAUGUUUACGAUAAUAUAAAGUGGAGUGAAGUACUUCAUUUCAGUUUAUAGCACAUCAAUUUAUUACCAUCUGUACACUUGUAAAAUACUUUAUACACUCGUACAAACUAUAUUAUAGGCAGGGGUCGGUCUUUUAACGAGCUCCAGGCAUGAAAA